GUAUGCACCCCAGUUAAAAGGCUUCGGCUUACUGAAUGGAUCUAUUGAUAGCUACAAAAACAAAUUCUAAAAAAAUCAACGCCAUCAUGUUGCCACAACAAUAUUGCCUACGAUGGAAGUACCAUCACAGUAAUUUACAGACAAUGUUUUCACAGCUGCUGGAUCGUGGCUGCUUUUGCGAUGUCACUUUGGCUUGCGAGGGCCAACUGAUCCGCGCUCAUCGCGUUGUGCUCUGCGCCUGCAGCAGCUUUUUUGACACGGUGCUGACCAAUUAUGCCAGUGAGCGCGAUCCAAUAAUUAUAAUGAAGGACGUCACAUUCGCCGAUGUUAAAUGUCUAAUUGAAUUUAUGUACAAAGGCGAAAUAAAUGUGGAACAUGCAAGUUUAGCAUCACUCUUAAAGACUGCAGAUGAUCUCAAAAUCAAAGGUUUGGCGGAAGUUUCCUGGCGUGACGACGAUGAUGGCCCGCCGCUGCCCACCGCUGCCACCGAGUUCCACUCGCCCACACUCGUGCAUGAUAUGUACGGCACACGACUUGAACAGCAGCGCAUUGGCUCGCCGGGUCUUAUGGAUCAGCAACAUCCAACACAGCCACUGCAGCGCGAACGAAAGUUGUCAUCACCGAAGGCCAGCACGCAUGCGCAACAGCGUUUACCGACAUUGACGCCAAUUCCGUCGAUGAACAGCGUUCAAAUGGCUGCUGCUGCUGCCGCCGCUGCCGCAGCUGCUGUGACGUCAGCCGCAUCGCCGGUGGAACACUACUUGGGACCGAAACGUAAGCGUGGACGUCCGCCACUUGACGAUGCCUAUGAUGUUUUCAAUGUACGAAAGCUGGCACACUAUGGUGGUUUGGAAGCGCAUCAUCACCACCAUCAGGCCUACUUAGAGGCGCAGCGUCAUUACAGCGAUGAACAACGGCGCCUGGCCGUCAUCUCGCCCAUACCGCCAUCGUCGUCGUCUACAUCAGCCGCAGCGGUCGCCUACCACCAGCACAUCCAACAGCAGCAACACAAUAAGCGCAUGCGCCAAUUGCAACGCCAACAGCAACAGCAGCUGCAACAACACCAUCACCAGCUACGAGCCGAUGUAGAUGAUGUCGAACAGGAUGAUGCGCAAGCUGAUCCCGAGUGGAUAACCAGCAAUUUGGAGGUGAAUGUGGGCGGUGGUGGCGACAGCGAGCCAGUUAUUGAGUGCGAUAACGAAGCUUCUUUGGUUAAGGAGCAAAAGGCCGACGUUGUUAUUGAUGAGAAGGAUGUAAAUCCCAUGGUGAAAUUGGAGCUGAAGAAGCGCAAGGAACGUACUUCAGAGGAACGCGAGAGUGCGCUUACGCGCAAGCGCUCAAAUGGCGAAGAACGCAAGGAUAGCAGCGCAGAGAACGGCGAACAUGAGCGGGAAGAACAACAGCUUCGAGAACGUGUCACACAAAGCGAAGUGUCUGAUCAACCCUCAGAUCGUGUCGCAGGUGCUGAGGAGGAUGAGCAACAACAAGCCGCAAAUGUGCCUCAGCCAGUAGAGGAAAUGGAGAGUGUGCGACAAACAGCGGAAAAGACUAGCAGCGCUUCGGCUACGAAUGCCCCAUUUGCAUCGAGUGGUUCGCACAAGCGCGCAAGUGUCAAUAGUGAACAGAUUGCGCCGCCGCCACCGCCACCACCAUCGCUGCAUCACGGUACGCAUGGCUACAACAAAUACGCGCCUGAGGGUUAUUUGCUAAAUGAACAUGGCAUGUUAAUAACACACGAUUUCGUACAUGCGCCUACGGCCGCCGUACCGUCGACAGGAGCAACAGCGUCCUCGUCGAGUGGCGUUGUAGCAGCCGCCAAUGGAAAUGAUCAGGAGUAUGUUGAUAUAAAAAUGGAGGAGUACGAUGGCACAGAAUUGCGAUUGACCACCGAAGAAAUGUCUGAGUGGCAGGAUGUAAUCAAAAUGGAUGAUUAUUUGGCAAAAGGACGAAGGCCGCAGUUCUGGGAGGAGCCGUUCACGCGACGCGUACUCGAUGCUAUCAAAAAUAAACGCUUGGAAAUGAAGAAAGCUGCACGCAUUUUGGGUGUCUCCUACGGUACUUUGUAUGGACGAUAUCGAGAGGUUUAUGGAUGUUUGAAGCACCCUUAUAGAAAUCGGAAAAAUACGUCCAAAGGAUCUAAGCGAAUUGUGGACGCGGCCACAGAUAUGAAAAAAAGCACAACAAAAGAUCACAACCUGUAAAUAAUUUUGCUGUUUAUCAUUAUAAGCAAGUCAUAUUUGCAGUAUCGCGAUAGGACUUACAAGUGUUACUAGUACUUUUUUCCAACUAUCAAUAAUUUUUGUAUUACUCUAAAAAGUAUAAGAUUCACAAGUAUUUACAUACAUACCUACAUUCGUAUAGAAAAUAUGUUUAUCUUAAGAAAACAAACGUAAUAUUAAGCAAAAACAAAAUGGUAAAAGACAUUAAAAAGACAAUUAGCAGUGUGUAAGUUUAGUGUGAGGCUAGUUAUAGUUGUUUCCAAUUCACAGCACGCGUGCAGGUACUGAAGUAGUUAUUGAUUUAUUUAGAUGUAAUACGUAAAUCAUAAUUUCUAGCUAAAUAAUAUCGAAAAUUUGGUUAAAAUAAAGCAUAACUAGGUGUGAAAUGAAAAUGUAAUGAAAUAAAGUAUUUAAAUAGCAAAUAAAAUUCGUUAAGUAUUUGUUAAAUUUGGCCGUAUACUAUUCAUAUGAAUAUAGUGAAUAUACACUUGCUUGCAAUGUUUUUGUUUUGUUUUUGGUAGUCAAAUUAUUUCCUAAAAAAGUAUGAACAUAUAUAUGUACUUUUAGACAAAAUCAAAUGAAAACCUUAUUCUUGAUUACUUUCUUGCUGUAAAUAGUCGAUUAAUAUAAAAAUAAAUACAUUUUAUUAUACUACAAAAAUAGACAGCUAAGUGUGUGUUAGUAUGCUAAAAUUAAAUAAAUAAAAA